AUGAAAUUAGAAGCAAGAGUAGAAGAAAAAGAUAACAUAAUAGAGAAUUUAGAAGAAAGAGUAGACAUGGAAGUUGAAAUGAACUUGAAAGCACUAGACAAGUCCAAAGAAUAUCAUGAUAGAAAUCUUUUCUUAUUAGGAAUGUCAAAGGACACUAUUAUAACCAAUUUGAAAUUAAAAAUUCAAGAUUAA